AUGAAUUAUCAUUAAAGAAUAAAGGAGCUUUGCCCAUUUAAUAUCUAAUGUAAGGAUGAAGUUUGUAACUUUUUGCAUCCAAGAUGCCUUGCAGGAGUUUGUAUUUGGUGUUUGCAAAACAAUAAAGAAAAAUGCGAUGGAACUUUAUUGAAUUUGAGUAAUAAAGAGCUUAGAUCCUAUCUUCAAUAAUAAAAAAUUAAUGGGGUCUUUGCAAUGAAUCUCUGCAAAAAAUAGAAUUAAUGUGAAGAUAAACAAAAUUGUAGAUUUUUACAUCGAAAAUGGGCUGAAGGUAUCUGUAUUUAAGAUAUAAUUGAUGAAUGCAGCAAUACCGAAACAUGUCAACUAUAGCAUGUAAGUUGGGAACUUGUAAAAAAGGAGGCGUAUGCAUAAUUUAAUAUUCAUAAUACGAAUCCAGAAUCAAUAGAAAAUACUGGAAAUCAUAAAUUGCCAGACAAUUUGUGCAUAUAAUAUUUAACUGGUGUAUGCGAAUUUUAUACUAGUUGUUCUAAAAUUCAUGUAGACUGGGAGUGCUUAAAAAAUAGCUCUUAUACUGAUAUUAGAGAUACAAGAAGAAAAUCAUGUCUUUUUGAAUAAUCCACAUCAAUUAUGGUGUAAUCAGAAAAAUUUACGAGAUCGGACGUCGCUAAUGCCUACUUUGAUAAGAUAUACACCAAUCAAAUUAAAAAAAUGGUACAGAAAGCUUAGGUGAUAGAUGUUUUAUUUAUUAUUGAUAUUACAGGAAGCAUGCAAAGAUGGCUGACUUCUGCUAAGUCGAAUAUUCACAAAAUCAUUGAGGAAUUCCAGACUCAGAUUGAUAAAAAAAAGAAUAUCGUAAGAACUGCUAUAGUAGCCUAUAGAGAUUUUGGUGAUGAAGACAAUAUGCUAUAUCGUGAGUUCACCUCCGAUACUAAGAUUAUCUUUGAAUUUCUAAAUUAGUUGUAAGCUAAAGGAGGAGGUGAUGAUCCAGAGGAUGUUAUUGGAGCAUUAGAAAAAGGAUUUAGGUUGAAUAUCAGUAAGGAUGUGGAAAGUGUUCUUUGCACAUUUUUAAUAUGUGACAAUCCCUGUCAUGGUCCAUAUCAUGAGAAUUUGUAAGAUGAGCAUUUUGAUAAAGUGAAAAAAGGAGAUUUAGAGAAAAUCAUGCAAAAGUAUUUUAAUUUAAAAAAAUUCAAUUUCUUUACUUGUUACAAAAUCACAGAUGCUACUGACUUGAUGUUUAAUAAAAUGUAAACUACUUUUCCCACCCUAAAAAUUACAGUUAGUACUCCAGAUGACUUUAAGCAAUAAGUAAUUUUUUCUCUUUAAUAAUCCUUAAAGUAAUCUGAGACAAAAACAUCUAAUACUUAGUAAACUUAAAGAAUAAGAGCAAAUUUUUCCAAAUCAAAACCAUUCGAAAUGAGUAAUUCUUUACUAAAGGAUAAUAAUAUUGAUUAUUGGAAGAAUUUUCAAAAAUAGUAAGAGUAAAAUAGUGUUGAAGGAGAAACCUUAUUAAUCAUUAAUAAAAAUUAAGAAAUCCUUCCAGAAAAAGAUAGAGGGUAAUUAUGCUAAAUAUUUAAAUUAUUUGAUGUAGUACUGAAUAGAAAUCUGGUUUUAAAAUUACCUUAUUACAUUAUAGAAUCAUAUAAUAAACAGAAAGAAUUGUCGUAAAAGGAGAAUGAAGAUUAUUAAUUGUUCAUAAAAAAGAGAUAUAUUUCAUUGCUAAUUGCCUAAUAAUUAGCAGAUAGUUUUAGAUAAAAAACAUAAUCCAUUGAAGGAGCACCACCAAUUUUUUAUGUCUCACCAAUCAUUUAUGAAUUAUAAACACCAUUCAUGGGCGUUACUAAAUUAUUCGCUGAAACUUAUAUAGACCUGCCAAAUUUUUGUGAAUGGAAAAAAUAUACAAAUAAUACAAAAUAUGCUGAUUAGGAUGAAUAUUAUUACACAUCCUUCUCUCAUUAUUCAUAUGAGGCUACCUAAGGAAAACUAAUUAUCACAGACUUAUAAGGCAAGAAUAAUAUCUUAUCUGAUCCAAGCAUUCAUACAAUUGAUGAAGAAAUUCGUGAGAUGCUUGGGUAUGAUGAAACCGAUUUUAAGGAAAAUGGAGUCCUUUUAUUUUUUUAACAAUAGCAUCGUUAUUGCCACAACUUUUGCAAAAAACUCAAUUUAAAGCCUUUUUAAGACUGUUAAGAGCUCUCAUCUAACUCAAAUAACAUUAUUGAAAUAAAUAAAUCAAUUUCUUGGGGCUGUGAUGAUGUCGUAUAUGUCAUCUGUUAAGUAUGUGGAGAAUUUUAAGAUUUAAAGUAUGAUGAUUAUUUAAAGAAACACUCUUGCACUUGUGAUAAUUGCUUAGAAGACAAAGAACCAAUUCUCCUUACUUGUAUUUGUUGUAGAAAAUAAUUUAAAUGCUUUUAUAACUAGGAAGUAAAAGUAGGGAAAAUACCUUCGAAAUGUGAUUAAUGUAUUUCAAAGUGUGUCAAAGGGAACCUCGAGUGUGUGUAUUGUAGUUGUUAUUGCGAAAGUAGAGUAAAUAACAAAUAAGUCGGCGAUGAUAAAAUAGCAAUUUGUAAUGAAGGUGUUAGAUUUCUAAAUGCUUUAAAAUGUUCGAAAUGCAAUUAGUUAUAUAAUUAUGAAGUUUAAAUCACGGCAGAUGAUUAUAAGAUUUCAGUUUAUGUUUGCAAAAAUUGCAAACAGCUAAAAUGA